CUCGAUUUCUCGCAUUUAGUAGUUCUCGAACCCCUCUUCAUAUAUUUCCGCCUCGGCUUUAUCUUGCAACUAGAGAAUCAGCUGAGCACGCGAUAUCAAACGCGUUGAUAUUCGAGGUACUGUGAGAAAAGAUCGCUAACAAUUCUCGAUCACCUUGUUUAAGAAUCCAAAUCUCUCCCACUGUUAACCAUAAACUCUAUCAUCCAGCAUGCCACCAAAGAGGAAAGCAGCUAGCAGCAACAGUUCCUCCAAGGCUGCCAAAGCAACUGCCAACGCCACCCCUGCCUCAAGUACCGAUAUCGAGGGUGGAGAUAUAAAGUUUUCGAGCGCGAAUACUUCCACAGAUUACGACGAAGAAGAUGAAGAGGACGAUGAAGAUGAAGAUGAAGAGGAUGGUGGAGAUGGAGAUGCUUCCAAGAAUGAUGGAAAUGGCAGGAAGGGUCAGAACGACAAGGGGAGGGGUAAAGAUUUGGAUCUCCCAAACCCAGGAGAGACGCUCAGCGAAGAAUGGUGUAGUAGGGUAUCUGACAUGGGAUUCCCGCUAUCUCAAGAUGGUGUAGAGUUUGCUCAGAAACUGGACAAAGAACGUGACAAGAGAAACCAAGAUCAUUAUGAUGUACACCUUUACAACGACUUCAAUGGCUAUGGAAGUUCUGAGGCCGUACAAAACUUUCUUAAAGAUUUUAACCGUGAUAUCUACAAGAAGACUAUCAGUCCAUACAAUAAAUGGGCUUAUAUUGAAGCACUAGCAGUUUUCUUCAAAGCUGGAGGCCCUGCAGAAUGGAUGAGUACGCAGUAUCAUUCCUUCUUCGUCAACAAAACUGACAAUAUUUUAGUGCAGGAUAAUUCUGAUGGACUAAGAGAAGAAGUCGGUAUGAUCGGAAUUAUGGUACUCACUUCUUUUGAAAUGCUCUCAGAGCACAAGCUUUUCAGUGCGGAUUCAGAGAUCAAGAACAUUCCUAUCAUUUGCCCCAUCAUCCUUGAAUUCCUCGAUUCAUAUACCACAGAUCUAUUCGAUGGCUCAAGUUGGCAAUGUGAGGUCGUUCGAUUAUGCGACCAGGCAGGGAUAGAUCUCAGCAAGUCUAUCAGAAAACAAGUAGAUAUAGACGAGGAAAAGUUAACGGCUUGGAGACAAGAAUACAAGGAAAAGAAAGAAAAUUUCGAAGGGGCAGAAGAUGGAGACGGGUAUAAGUUUUGGGCCGAGAAGAGUGAUUGGCGUCCUGAGGAUGAUCUGAAAGAAAAAGAUCCUGACUCACGAUGGAUGUUGCCCACGAAAAAUUGGUAUAGAUGGGAUUGGAAAACAGAGUAUCAAUUCGCAAAGGCCAAUCUCAAGGGCGGGAACAAAUACGAUUUGUCGAAGGUGCCCAAGUCUCAACUAACAUUCCAUAACCUUAAGUUUCAUCCUCUUGCUUAGUAUUUUACUAAUCACAAUUUCAAUCAUUGUAUCCAAGACUUCAGACUACAUUGGGUCAAAGAAUCGGUCUCAUGUUUUGAAGAUUGAAAAGAUCAUAAGAAGAAAUGAAGGAGAAAAAAUGAGGCGGAGAUUAUGGCGAGGAUCUUGGUGAGGAAAAAAGAGACGGAAGGCGGUAAAUUAGAAUUAGAUCAGUUUCAGGAGAGUUGGAGACGAUGCAAGGGGUGGACAGCUAUUCAAAGCUCUCUGUGAUGUUCCUCCAGUGAACUACCAAGAGCACACUCAAAUAAUCAAAGAUAAGAGAUGAAAUGAUUAGCCACCGACUCGCAGUCAAAACAAGUGUAGUUGUGGACGUUCAGGCAAGGAAUUUCAAGAUUUUCACCAUCCAAGAGCGAUAUGGCGUCUAUAUUUCAUACUGCAAGU